CCUUUUGAUUUUUUGGAUGUUUUCUUCAAGCUCAUCGAAAAUAAUUCUCAAGGCACGAAUGUUGUUUCACUGGGCUUCUUGUAAAAUUGGCACGGUUAUUUUCAAAAACGCGAAGGUUCAUUACUUUUGGCGCCACCGGCUUUCCGUAUUCGCGGAAGUACUGUUUCACAACUACCCACCAGGGCCCCGGCGUGACAUUCACCGGGUUGUUGGACUUGAUAGUUGUGCACAUAGAGGAAUACGAUCACCUCAGGCACGUCCGAGCGAUUGUCAGAAUGAGAGUUCUCAAAGCGGGUGUGUGUUUGGCUAAAAGUCACCUUCAGGCGCCAGGGAGGCUCACCCUUAAGAAGGUUCUCAUUAACAGCUGUCGGACAUGCUCCACGGGUGUCUUACCCAACGAGAGGAUCCGCAACAUUGGGAUCUCAGCCCACAUCGACUCGGGGAAGACCACCUUGACUGAGCGCGUCCUCUACUACACUGGCAGGAUAGCAGAGAUUCACGAAGUGAAGGGGAAGGACGGUGUUGGCGCCACGAUGGACUCUAUGGAGCUGGAGAGACAGAGGGGCAUCACCAUUCAGUCAGCUGCAACAUACACAAUGUGGAACAAUCACAACAUCAACAUCAUUGACACACCAGGUCACGUGGACUUUACAAUUGAGGUGGAGCGAGCGCUGCGUGUGCUGGAUGGAGCCGUGCUGGUUCUGUGUGCAGUCGGGGGGGUCCAGUGUCAGACAAUGACCGUAAACAGGCAGAUGAAACGCUACAACGUCCCCUUUCUCACUUUCAUCAACAAGCUUGAUCGUAUGGGCGCCAACCCCAGCCGGGCCCUGCAGCAGAUGAGAACCAAACUGAACCACAAUGCAGCCUUUGUGAACAUCCCUAUGGGCCUGGAAGGGAACAUGCGUGGCAUCAUCGACCUUGUAGAGGAGCGCAGCAUAUAUUUUGAAGGACCGUUUGGUCAAAACAUCCGCUAUGACGAGGUCCCUGCAGAUUUUCGUGCUGAAGCUGCGGAGCGGAGGCAGGAGCUGGUGGAGUGUGUGGCCAACACUGAUGAAACCUUGGGAGAACUUUUUCUGGAGGAAAGAAUCCCCACCAACGAUGACCUGAAGGCUGCAAUCCGCAGGUCGACAGUGAAGCGCCUCUUCUCCCCAGUGUUGGUGGGCACAGCGCUGAAAAACAAGGGCGUCCAGCCUCUGCUGGACGCGGUCCUUGAUUACCUACCAAACCCCACAGAGGUCAAAAACUAUGCUCUUCUCAAUGAUCAAGAUUCGAAUGAAGCAACAAAGAUCCAAAUGGACCCCAUAAGAGACUCCUCGCACCCCUUUGUUAGCCUGGCCUUCAAGCUGGAGGCAGGGAGGUUUGGUCAGCUGACGUACGUGCGGGUGUACCAAGGAUGUCUGAAGAAGGGGGAGUACAUCUUCAAUACACGCACAAAAAAGAAAGUCAGGGUACAGAGGCUCGUGCGUCUCCACGCAGAUCAGAUGGAGGAUGUGGAUGAAGUCUAUGCAGGAGACAUUUGUGCUCUGUUUGGAAUCGACUGCGCUAGUGGAGACACUUUCACAUCUAGGACCAGUGCUAACCUCUCCAUGGAGUCAAUUCAUGUCCCGGAUCCUGUCAUUUCCAUGUCAAUGAAACCAGUCAACAAGAAUGACCUGGACAAAUUCUCCAAAGGGAUUAACCGCUUCACCAGGGAAGACCCCACGUUCCGGGUGCAUUUUGACACAGAGAGCAGAGAAACCAUCAUCUCAGGCAUGGGCGAGCUGCACCUGGAAAUCUACUCCCAGAGGAUGGAGAGAGAAUACAACUGUCCAUGUGUGAUGGGAAAACCCAAAGUCGCUUUCAGAGAGACCAUCACCUCUGCUGUACCCUUCGAUUUCACCCAUAAGAAACAGAGUGGCGGCUCCGGGCAGUAUGGUAAAGUUAUCGGGGUCCUUGAGCCACUGGAGCCAGAGCAUUACACCAAGCUGGAGUUUGAGGAUCAAACUGUCGGAACCAACGUCCCGAAGCAGUUUAUCCCAGCUGUGGAAAAAGGCUUCAGGGAAGCCUGUGAGAAAGGACCGCUGAGCGGCCACAAGGUCACAGGAGUCCGAUUCCUCCUGGAGGAUGGAGCCAAUCACAUGGUCGACUCCAACGAGAUCUCUUUCAUCCGCGCAGGAGAGGGCGCUUUAAAGCAAGCUAUGGAAAAUGCCAACACGAUUAUCCUGGAGCCGGUCAUGUCUGUGGAAAUCGUGGCGCCCCAGGAGUUCCAGGGAGUGGUGAUUUCUGGAGUGAACCGUCGGCACGGGGUGAUCACAGGGCAGGACGGGACCGAGGGCUACUUCACCCUCUACGUGGAUAUUCCUCUAAAUGACAUGUUUGGCUACGCAACAGAACUCCGCUCCUGUACUGAAGGGAAAGGAGAGUACACCAUGGAGUACAGCAAUUACCAGCCCUGCCUGCCGGCCACACAGGAAGAGCUGAUUAACAAAUACCUAGAGGCUACGGGUCAGCUGCCUGCAAAGAAGAACAAGUGGAAGAACUAGACUCGCCUCUGAGUUACUGGACGUUGACAUGAACGCUGUUGCUCUUUAUUACACUGUUACCGAGCCUCAUCCAUUCUCACCAUUAGCGAAAGCAAACAGAACGUUGACAUUUUCCUCCAGUUUCCUCUCUAGUUAAACCUCUUUUGAUUUUAAUGUUCUUUGAUAAAAAUUUUUAUUUAUUACUUCAAAUUUUAUCACGGUUCACCCUGUGUGACACCAGACAUCAGUGUCCAAGAUGACGGCUGUAGUAGCAAACUCAGCACUACUGCUCCUAUAGUAGCGUUUGUACUAUGUACAGGUUGGUCUUGUCAUGUACAGUAAGAAGAAUUCUUGUUCUGAACCAGUUAAAUGUCUGCAAUUUGCGCAAGUUCCGUACAAAACUAGUUUCGAACCAAAAAAAAAAAAAGCAGGUACGCGUUUAGCGGUGGCGUUAAUCUCUUCUCACCUGUCCGAAGAUCACUGCUUUCUUCAGCAUCUGCUGUGUGGCGUUGGGCUGAGCUUCAGGCCUGAUCGUCACAGUGGGGCUCCCACUCACCACUGUUAACAGAGCAAGGACGAACAUGAUCACCAAAUCCAUUACUCCGUGCCGUGAGGGAGGAAGACGACUUAACUAAAGUGCAUGGACGGAGGAAUGACUCUGAUGUAAGGUGGAGGAGGGGGAGCAGGGAGAAGAGAUUGUCCAGAUCCUGCUGACUUCCUGUUUAUUUCCUUUCCUCUUAAAUAAACAAACUGCUCCGCUGGUA